ACCACUGAGAUCUAUAUCGCCGGAGGGGGGAAAUACAACCUCACUCUCCAGUUGGCGUAUUUGCGUCCCAGGAAUGCCGGUCGGGGAUUCACAAACUCGUCUCGUGUUAGUCCAAUUUUGUUUACUUAUCAAUUUCAUAACCCUAAAUCAAUUACAGCCCGGGGGUCACCCGGCUGAUAGCAGUGAUAAUAGGUAGCGCACGAUUAGCAAUUGAGUCACAAGGAGUGUAGACUAAAUGUAAAGUGCCUACCGUCUUUACAUUCCUUUAAAGUGAUUUAGUUCUAUUUAAAGAGUUUUAAGUGUACUUGCUUAUGUAUUUGAGAUAAUCCAUGGUAUAUUUAGUAGUAUGCCAUACUUCCCUCAUUGUACAGGAUACAUCUACAAUCUCCCUAUUUUGGGAAAAAAUUUGUCCGUUUUGGAUAAACUUUGCGGGUACCGCAAUCGAAAACUUUUAGGGAACGGCAAUACGACUCCAAGGUUUUCUCAGGUAUGGGUAAAAUCCCCAAUAUUCCCCCCUGAAGUUUAUAACACGGUUUUUUUCCCACACUUUACAGAAACGUACCAAAUUUCUCUAGAUGUUGGGGAAAACCCCAAAAUAGGGAGAUCGAGUCGGUGUAUUGGUACGGGUUCAUUAUGAAAUGUAGUGAGGCAAAGAAGUUAGGUGCUCAAAUAGCCUUUCCAAAAAUAUCAGAUACUUUGAGUGUUAUUUUUGGUUUAGUUAAUCAAGACGAGAGUAUUACAGGUUGCUCUGAAAAGUCUGGUAUUUGUUUGUCUAUUCCUUCAGUAUGCAGCUUGUUCUCUUGUUUUAGAAAAUAGUAGCACAGUUUAUUUACCACGCACUGGUUCAAGUUGUUUUUUAUAAAUCAGAAAUUAUUUUUGAUAAGUAAUUCUCCGUUCUCAUUAACUUUACAUUGUUGGACUUGGAGUGUUGAAGUAACGUCUGCACAUUGGAAGUUUAAGUUAUUCCACAGAAAUUAAUAAAGUAACUUCGCAGUGGGAUUCCGUAAACUUCAAAUAUGAACUCUCAUGUAGUAAUAUCCCUUCUAUACUGUAAGGACAUAAAAUGAGUGAAUAUAUUAUAUUGUCAAAGUUAAAUUUAAUCCAUUCAGAUCAGUUAUUUAUGAGUUAUUAACAUUUGGUUGUUAAUGACUCCGAAACCUUGCUUACUUAUGUUGGUACUGUCAUGUGAGUAAGGCCGAUGUUUGGUUUCAAGGUACUAGGUAAAGAUAGCAAAUCGGUUGGUGAGAUAGUGAAUCUCCUCCCACUUAGGUGGCCAAUAUAUGCAGUGCAUGUUCUCAACCAUCCUCCUUAAUGCAUGGUUUGUUGGUGAAGGAGCAGAUUCAAGGAAUGCCAAAGGGCGCUUAAACAAAAAGUGGCAUCAUUGCAUAAAGUCAUUGACUGUUGGGUCAACAUUCGUAGGUAAGUGCUGACUGCCUUUCUGAGGUCUGCACAAUUAUCGAGACUAAUGGUUAGGGGUGUUAUAUGUCUGAGAAUUGGUUGAAAGUACCCUAAUGUGUUCACUCGUUUAACGUCAGUUUUCAGGUUUUUAAAUCAUUUCGCGAAUUAAUUCUUCCUUUAAUCAUAUUGGGUCUUUUCACAUGUACUACUCUAGGAUUUUCCUAAAUUCAUCUCUUUGUGUUGGUAUAUUAUAGCAAUUUCGGUCGACUCACGUUUAUGCUACAUUCGACGUCUUCUAUGAUUGACCUAUUAUUGUAAAUUUCAAGAUUACUAUGUGUAAAGUCAUUUCAUACUUAUGACAACCUGGGUUAACGAAUAAAUGUAAGAACAGUAAUCCAAUGAAGUCAGCGAUGAUUAAACAUCAUCUUAAAGAUAUCAAGUCGAUUGCAUAAAGCAAAACUACCCAUUCAAAUGAACUGUACACACCGUCUUUUGUAUUAAAUGUGACAUUGCUAAUAUUCUAAAGACGAUCUAGAUAUACGUAGUUCAUGUUUUUGUUGUACAAAAGUUGAUCUCAUCUACAUUCUCAUUGAUAAGCUGUCUAGAUAUAUUAACCUCCCCAUUUCUUCUAGUGGUUCAUCUCCAGUAAUGCGAUAAAGUACAUCCCUUUUUUAACCUUGCUAAGUUACUUCUCAAUAUUGUAAGUUUUUACCGUACUUGUUGAAUGAGUUACAUUCAAGCAAUAAUAUGCACGCCAUCCACUGGGACAAUCCAGUUGAUAGCAAGGAUAUCCGGGCAAUCUACAAAAGCUCGGUAUUCAUUAGGAAAAUGCUUUAGAGAAACAACUAUGUGUUGUUGCUAUUUCCAAGUAAUCUUGGAUACACUUUCCAAUGAGUUGACAUUUAGCUUUGAACCUAGUUGAAAUCGAUACUAUGCAACAGUAUUUGAUACAAGCAGUUUAUUCCUACCUUACCUAAUAUGGUAAAGGUUCAGACAGGUACACCCAAAAAAGAGCGAUAGCUUUGUACGGACUUGCGUCAUCAGUAGCUAGUUACAGUAUUUAAGUCUAGACUUACUUUUUAAAUGCAAAACACCACGUAACAAACCAACUAUAACUGUAUUAAAAAGUGGUGUAGAUCAAAGAUCUGUAUACAAUAUCGUCUCUUUCAUACAACUUAAGGAACAUAGUGAGUCUAUUGCAUAGUUGAACCUGGUACAUUUAUACAUUCGUUCAAGUUACCAGGGCUCGUUAGCACAGAGAUGAAAUCUUUAGGGCAAAUACCAGAAUAGUAGAAACACUAGUAAUAUGAGUGGUAAUACAAAAUAUUAGGCAUCAAAAAUACUAUUUAUGUAAAUGAAAAAAUAUUUGUUUGAACACAUAAAUAUUGGUACAACGGGGCACCGAAUACAUAUGUGCCGUAGAAGUCACUUGGUUUGUGUGUGAUACUAUCCGGGUGCCCAAACCAAAGCAGGUGGUUUUCUUAGGGGACCAUGCCCGAAGCCUGAUCCACAAGGUAGUAGAGCAACGUCAGGAGAUGCAGUCCCGUGGUAACCGGUGACCAACAAUAGGUUCAUACGCUAUUUGUUUCUUCUGGAUCCUGAAGUCCAUAUGCACCAUUGGUUUGGAAUGAGGGUUUUCCAACUCUCCGUGUCCACCGAUCCGGUUAAAGCACUGGACAUUCUCUUUCCGUCCUCUCAAUUUCGUAAACAGCACCCGUGGUGCGAGGCGGUGAGUAGGACUUCCCUGACAGUGGCUAUAUACGCGUGGCCACGUGAGGGCAUUUGGAGAGAGAGCUAACCCUCCCCACCCUCAGCUGUAUUGGGGCAUCUGGGGGCAAAUAAAGAAAAUUGUAUAGAAUUCAGAAGCUUCGAAUUUGGGGAAAGACGAAAAUGAAUGCACGUACACCAUUCCAAACGACAUUAAACCAUUUCAUUCAAAUUCUAACCACUUGUUACGAUAAUCACGCAUACCCUAACUAGGUAGUCCACACCUAUCAACAUGUCUCAGUCCAAUUGUUAAUGACUUCAUGAUCUGAUGCCAUGUUUUUGUUUGACUAACCUGAUCUUUCUUCCAACUUACUCCUACACCAGGCAAAAUCGUGCGUUGAGGUAUACGGUGGAUGAACAUACGUAACAGUUGUCCCAAUCAUCUCACUCGAUGGAGAUUUAUUACCUCAUCAAUCGAUUCGUCAUCCUUACUUAGUACCCUUUUCUAACUCAUGAAUUGCUUAAUCCCAUAGUACACGAGCAGUGCUUCAAAGAUACAGUCAAUGGAAUUACGUCCCUAUUAUGAGUAGGUUUUACAGUUUUAGGUAACUGCGAAACAUGGUCUAUAAUUGUUAAUGAAUACGUAUGUGUUUCUGGUACUCAGUCAUAGAUGCCUUAGAAGCAUUGCACACUUAACGGCGACUAUCAAGUAGGUAACACAGAGGUUAGACAUGAUACUGCUAAAAGGUGAUAAAUCAGUCAGCGAGAUCACAAAUUUCCAUCGUCUGAGAUGUCUGGGACAUGCGCUACUUGUCCCAAGCCAUCACACACCUGGAUGUACAACAAUAACUUAGUGGCUGAGGCACAUUUUUAUCGACCACUAGACUAUGACUCCCUACCUUGCUCUGUUUGUUUUGGUAGUACUGUAGUGUAGUUUGAAGGCCAAUGCAUGAGCCUAUGUUUGGCAUAUAAGCUACAAUAAUUACGUACAGUGGCGGCUAUCAUUAGUGUCAAUUAGAGAAAUGUUAAUGACUGCCUGUUUGCUUUGCAUCAGAUAAUCAUAGUCUGUGACUGGAAAUUUUGGAUGGGAUGGUUGAAAAUCGGUUUGAAUAUUGCCCCAUACUUUUCAUUUCCCGAUACUAAUCCUGUGAAUUUUGUCUCUCCAUAAUAGUUUCAAAUGUGGACAACUUGAGUCCAUAUACAUUUCCUUAGCAGUAUUUUGCGUUGAUAAUGGAAUUAUAGUGUUCAUCUUCCGUCAUUUGCACGUGAGUUAUUGACAUUGUCUGACUAACUGACCAACUCAUAUGAUCAUAAAUUAGUUAUAUAUAUAUCAAGUAUUCAAGCUAGGGAAAAUAAAUAUAUUACUACUUAUAUUGCCUUAAAUGUAUAUUCUUUUAAAUGAUUUGUGGCUAAUUUUUACUUAAUGUUAGGUAUGAAGUAGUAAUACUAUUCUUUCAUCCACUUUAUUGGUUUGUAUUAAAACAAUAUAAUUUCAUAACUAAAUACAAAUUCAUGUAUUUGGCGUUAAUUUGUCUGUAAAAAAUAAACAUGUAUAAUUGUAAUUUGUUACUGAUUUUGGCUGUCCAAUUUCAAGGUAGAACAGUAUCGAAGUGGGAGGGGAUUGAAAAGUGGGAUGCUCACCAGUAUGCUAUCUACUCUUGUUUAAGAAUAUUCUGUUUUUUGUCUAUGUUAUUAUUCCUACUACUAAAUAAUUCCAUUAUUGACUGGUGUUUCGGAAAAAAAACUGAUAGAUAACUAUAAUUCAAUAAAAAUAAAUAGAAUUCAGCGAAGAAAAUUUCCGACGAAAUCAUUUACUUAAGCUGUACAUUCGUAUUAAUAGUUGUUCAGUAAAUAUAUGCAAACCUGCAUUCUGAUAAUAAUAACCAUGUGCUCAUUAGUGACUGGAUUAAGAGGUAUCUCCUGGAGUUCUAGUGAGAAGCCGUGACCAAUGGAGUUCAACGGUGUCUGGAGACGAUGAUGGACAGUGGCGCAAUAUCGUGGAUUGGUUGGAGCUAAACAUUAACACUGUUAAAUGCCGGCUCGGAGGUGUAGAGGUUAAGCGUUCGCGCGCGAGACGGAAUGCUCUGGGUUCGAGUCCCACGUGCGGGACCGUGAAUGCGCACUGCUGAGGAGUUCCAUACUGGGACGAAACGACCGUCGAGUGCUUCCGAAUUUUCAUUGGUGGUCUAGCUCAGAUGGACCCAUGAAUUUAAUUAUUAAAAUAUAUAAAUCUAUAGAAAGGAGUACAUCAUGAAGUGAUCUCAAAGAUCAAAAGAAGGUUAUGUGAUCAAUAAUUAAGCGGUUAGAGGAGAAUGGGGGAGGGUGAGAGAUUACGGAUGAGAAAUAUGAUAGAUAAAUGAUUUGAUCGAAAAGAAAAUUUGCCUCACUGAGUUCUCUUUAUUGUUAUUCACUGACACAAUGAAUUACUUGAAUUAUUAUUGAAUAUAAACAUGAAUGUUAAUUGAUUUUCUGCAUAUUCAACUAUCAAUUUAAUUCCGGUUUCAUUAGUUGAUUAACAUUUGUGUAUAUUAUAUGCUUCGCACCUUAUGUGUUACUUUCCAACCAAUAAUUUUGACAUCCAGUGGCUCGUAUUCACAACUUCAGUCGAUAUACGAUAUCAUUUUAUUUUCUCCUCUUGUUAGUUUGUUAAGAUUUUAAUAAUUGUAAAGAGAUUAAUUUUAAUCAGAAGGGGUUUUGUGAAGAUUUUAAUAAUUUCAAUAGUUGAAAUCAUGAGUCAAUUGAAGCUAGACCACCAUGGAAAACUUGGAAGUACUGAACGGCCGUUUCGUCCUAGUAUGAGACUCCUCAGUAGUCGGCAUCCAUUAAUUAUGUUACAAGUAAAUGAUAAUUUUGAGUUGUAUUCUUUGCAUCUCUCUCUAUAGUUUAACGAUCUACCAAUUACAUAAUACAAUAUAUAAUGAAAAUUUGUCUUGAUGCUUCAAAUUCAUUUUUACAACGAAAAAAAACCCUUCAAUGUAACAACCUUGAUGUAACUAUAAUUUUAUGCUAAACUAUAAGAUUUCAUCUUCUAACCUUUCUGUCUCUCUUUUAUUUGUCUAUACUCAUUAAAUUUUGCUUCUGUUCUUAUCCACAUUACAUUACAUUGAUGUAUUUCUGUCUGACCUUAUCUGUCUGGUUGUCAGCUCUAAUGACCUCGUUAUCAAACUCAUGGAUAUAAGUGUGCAUAUAUAUAUAUAUUGUCUGACGUCAUUGUAUAAAAUAGUCUAUUGUUACUGGAUAAACAAAACACCUGUUCUUAUAAAAGUCCACUUAUAUAUUGACCCUCCUUCAAAAUUGUUUGUCGAAUAAAUUCAUUUUACAAAAAAAAAAGAGAAAAAAAAAUGAAAUGAACAAUUAGUGAACAAAGAUAAUGACCUCUGAUUACUUUAUUUAUCCUAUGGUCUAUGUGUACUUAUUGUCUGUUUCAUGGUUUUUCAAUUAUAUAUAUAUAUAUAUAAAAGCAGUAUUGAGUUGAGCAGUUCUACUAGUUGUAUUAAUUGCAAUUUCUUAUAUAAUCAUUGUAAGUGUUUGAUGAAUGCAAUUACUUAAACGUAUCCAAGUUUGUAAUCAAGUUUUUCUAAAAAAAAAGGAUCUUCGUUUUCUUCCGUUCAUAUUGACAAGUAGAUAUAUAUAAAUUGCGGUUAAAUUGUCACAUUCCCUGUCUACACUCUCCCUAUAAUUUUGUGAAAAUUAUAGCUUAAUACAGGAAAAUAUCUCAGUUUCAAACUCAGUAACAUUUACUUCACUUUUAGUUACCAGGUUGUAUGAUUGUCCUUUAAAAAUAAACAUUAUAACUCAAAGUUGAAAAAUUAAUUUUCGACUUAGUAAAUAAUUUAACAAACUUGUUUUAUUAUAGAACAGUGAAAUUUCUUGAGUUAGUGUAUAAUUGUCUUUGUAUAAUAAUAGAUAGUGAAUUGUUCACUUGAUUUUAAGUUUUAAAAUUUGAUCUUUCAUUCUAACAAUAAACAUUGCAAGUUAUCAUUUGAAAAAGAAGAAGAAUUUAUUUGUUACUCUGUAGUGUAACAAUUUUACUGUUUGAAUCGUAAUUUUCAUUGUACAACUUAAUAGAUGUAUGUAUAACUAGCAACACUUAACAUAAUCACACAAUACAUAGGUAUGUCAUUUCCAUUUGUCGUCGUAUUAUCUUAUCAAAAAAUAUAUCUAAGUUAUUUCAUUGAAUGUCACUCACAAAGAUGUAGCUUGAAUGUAAAAAAAAUUCUGCGUUUCUACAUCUCAAAAACACCCCUUCCCCCCGUAUUCUUGCAAAUUCGCCAAUCCACUCAAUAUGCUAGAAAAAGACCUAGUUAUUUUGUGUGUUUUUCCUUUUUCUUCAGGGAUAAUCUUGGUUUAGACUUGAAUCCAUAUAAUAUUGUCCAAGGCAAAUCAUUCACCCGGUCUGUAUCAAUUAGUGAACCGACUUCAACUCCACCAGAGUGUUGUAUUACAUCACAUAUUAAUAGUGCUAUUAUCGGUGAUUGUCUACCGUCUAUACGAUCAGCCAGUGGGGAAGGCGGCAGUACAACAUCAGAUAUUUCCUUCUCCCCAUUCUCUUCUGCGGCUACAGCUAUUACGCCUGAAAGUCCCCUACCACCGGAUUCAAAUUGUUUCCAGUCAAAUCCAUUAGCGUCAAUCAUUGGCUAUUCUGACGUUGGUGGUGUUGAUUUUCCUGUUCAACAUUCGACCACUACUACUAGUACUCCUGCGACUAUGAAUAUGCCUACCGAUAAUACUAAUAAUGAUGAUGUCGAUGUUCCAAUAAGCCAGCCUGCUGAAAAUUCACCUAAACCAAAUCAUUCAAAUAUUUUCAAUCAAUCGACUGAUCAUAAUCAACAAAAUACCUCCUCAACCUCUUCUCCUUCUCUCUCUUCCUCUUUACGACAAUUUAAUGAUAAUAAUAAUAAUAAUCAUGAUAGUAUCUACAAUUAUAAUGUGUUAUUUCAAAAUCCAAUUACUUUGAGAACAAUAAAUUUCCUUUCACAUUUACUUGAUUCACGUCUAUCCCCAGACUGGCGUACACUUUUAGAAUAUUGGCAAAGAAAUACUGUUAAGUUGGAUUUAUCUUCUGGUACUUCCCAGUCAUAUUCUUCUACAAUCCCCAAUAUCCCUAAUACUGCUACUACUACUCUUACACCAACAAUUAGUUGUACAGAUAAUACAGAUUUUACUCGGUCAUCAUCAUCUGAUCAGGAAGUAUGCGCAGUGAAACGUUUCAAACCGAAUAGUUCAUCUCAGCCUCAAAAUGAAAUUCAACCUACAAGUAAUGAACCGUCUGCUACUACCAAUACCACUAUACUACCAUUCACUUCUCUUGUAUAUCAUCAUCAAUCUCAUCAGUCAAUUCCGUCAAUAUUUAUAUCUGCACGAUUAAUUCUAUGCGCCAGAAAUCUCGCUGAUCAUUUUGAGUCUAGAUAUCGUGAUAAAUUGGGCAGUUUAUUAGAAGAUGUAGCGCGUUUAAAUAGUAAUUCCAAUAGUGAUAAUAUUAAUUAUAACAUAGAUGAUCAAGGUUGUACAGAAGAGACAAACAAAACAACAAUGAUUAGCGUUAAUCAUAAUGUUACUAAUGUGCAUGAUACUAACAUAAGUGUGAAGAGUGAUAGUAGGAUUGGUGAUGGUGACGCCAGUGGUGCUUCUAGUCAUGUGAGCGAUGAUUCACUUCAAACUCGAUUAGAAAUGGCACGAUGUCAAUUUCAUAGUGUUCUAGAAGAAUUAUUUCUUGAACGUAUUAACUGGGGUCGUAUAAUUGCAAUGUUGGCAUUUUUGCGAACAUUAUGUGAAGUUGUUGAAGAUAACAAUAAACGUAUGGAUUAUUCAGUUUCACAUCAGUCAGUGCAACAGUAUCAUGGUAUUUCUAAGUCAACUGAUUUGCCCAUUAUUUCUUGUGAACAAGUUGAGCAUAAUGAUGCUGUUACAUCUGAUUGUAAUAAGCAAUUAUCUUCUACUGAUCCAUCUUCUUCAUGCAGUGAUAAAACUACAGAUAAAAAAUUGAAAGAUAAAAAUUCAGAAACUACAAUGGAUCCUCAUCGGUCAAAUGCUAGUGACUUGCGUUUGGUGUCAUUCACAAGACCUUGCGCAGCUGAUUAUACUUUGUGGACAACUGAGUUUAUACAUGGUCCCCGAGGACUUUGGAAUUGGAUAUCAUCUCAUGGAAAUUGGGAGGGACUUAUAAAUUUUGAAUCACAACGCGAUGAAACUGACCAAUCAACAAUAACCUCGACAACAGUUGGAAAUAAUAGUUUAAUUAGUUUAGUCACUGGUAGUUUCACAGAUGAUGAUACGUUACGUUCACUUCGAAAUGCUUUGACUAGUGUAGCAACAAUAGCUGUUGGAGCUGUCGGCCUAGUCGCUGCUUAUCGUUUUUUCAGUAGACGUGUAUAAGUGAUAUGAAGAAGAAAAAGAUAAUUAUGAUGAUGAUGACGUCAGCAACAGCAUUAAUCAUGGGUUAGUAAUUAUCAACAGUUAUUCAUCAUUAUUUAAUUCUCCAUGUUUGCAUUCAUUACCUACCUAUUACACUUCAGAAUUACAUAUGAACAUAGUGUACACUAGUUAUAUCUGCUUACAUCUUCAUUCCGGUGACAUUUUUAUGUAUUCAUACUUGCAUAUUUUCUCUUAUACAUACAAAAAGAAACUGUUCAGUUGAAUUUUUCUUUCCAUAUAAAGAAAAGAAUCUUCAGUUUGUUCUUCUCCCACCUUCAAUACAUCUUUCAUGUAUUCAACUAUCGUCAAUAUAAAAUUGUCGGUGACGUUCAACAAUGACAAUUAUAUCCGUUGCUUUAAUGAUCUAUAAACUAUUCAACACAGUAACGGUACCAUUGAUGCUCUUUGUCUGUGUGUGUAUUUUCUUCGCACACUCUUCUAUACAAUUAUAAGUGGAUUCACACAUAUACACAUACAUCCACUUUCUUCACCUCGUGUUGUUUCUCUUUAUCGAUUAACGUUUUUAUAUAUUUUCCUAUUGAUAAUGCCAGUGCUGGUGUGUAGAUUUCGUUUCAU